CCGGGCCGGACCGGGCCGCGACGAGCCUCCGCGCCGCCAGCAGAUCAUCCACAGCGGCCACUUCAUGGUGUCGUCGCCGCACCGAGAGCACCCGCCCAAGAAAGGCUACGAUUUCGACACGGUCAACAAGCAGACGUGCCAGACCUACAGCUUCGGCAAGACCAGCUCCUGCCACCUGUCCAUCGACGCCUCGCUCACCAAGCUCUUCGAGUGCAUGAGCCUGGCCUACAGUGGGAAGUUGGUGUCUCCGAAGUGGAAGAAUUUCAAGGGCCUGAAGCUCCAGUGGAGGGACAAGAUCCGGCUCAACAACGCCAUCUGGCGGGCGUGGUACAUGCAGUAUUUGGAGAAGCGCAAGAAUCCUGUGUGCCACUUUGUCACUCCGCUGGAUGGCUCUGUUGAAGUAGAUGAGCAUCGCCGGCCGGAGGCCAUCACCACCGAAGGCAAGUACUGGAAAAGCCGCAUUGAGUUCGUGAUCCGGGAGUAUCACAAGUGGAGAACCUACUUCAAGAAAAGGUUACAGCAGCAUAAGGAUGAGGACCUCUCCAUCCUGGCCCAGGACGAUGACAUGCUCUACUGGCACAGACAUGGGGAUGGAUGGAAGACCCCAGUCCCCAUGGAGGAGGACCCGCUGCUGGGCACAGACAUGCUCAUGUCCGAGUUCAGCGACACUCUCUUCUCCACACUCUCCUCACACCAGCCGGUGGCCUGGCCCAACCCUCGGGAAAUAGCACACUUGGGGAACGCAGACAUGAUUCAGCCGGGACUGAUUCCCCUGCAGCCCAACCUGGACUUCAUGGACACGUUUGAGCCUUUCCAGGACCUGUUCUCUUCCAGCCGGUCCAUUUUUGGCUCCAUGCUGUCUGCGCCUCCCUCAGUGCCCACACCAGAUCCCAACAGCCCACCUGCUCAGGAGAGCGACCUGCCAACCACCUCUCUCCCCACCGUAAGCCUCCCUGACAGCCUCAUUGCGCCCCCCGCAGCCCCCGCCCUGGACCCCACAGAUAGACCAGCCUGUGAACGUGCUUCCCGGCCUGGAGACCCCUUUAUGCAGCCUGCAGACUUCAGCCCCUCUGCAGCGCCCCUGAGCGUCCCGCAGCCCUUUCUCCCCGUGUUCAGCGUGCCCAUGCUCUCUCCCAGUCCCGCCCCGGCGCCCGCUUCCCCUGCUGUGCCGUUAGCCCCUCCUCCCACCACUGCCCUGAGCCCCCCAACUCCACCCGCCUUCGUGCAGCCACAGAAGUUUGCUGGAGUCAGUAAGGCCCCCGUCGUCAUCACGCACACAGCCUCCGCCACCCUCACGCACGAUGCCUCUGCCACCACCUUCAGCCAGAGCCAGGGCCUCGUCAUCACCACCCACCGUCCCACCCCCUCAGCAUCCCCCUGUGGACUGGCACUGUCUCCCGUCACCCGGCCACCAGCCGUCGGGCCUCCCCAGCUCCGUUUAACUUUUGUGCACCCCAAACCUGUAUCCUUUACUGGAGGGAGGCCCAAGCAGCCCCCCAAAAUAGUGCCUGCUCCCAAACCAGAGCCCGUGUCCUUGGUACUGAAGAAUGCUUGCAUCACCCCAGCUGCCUUUUCCGGACAACCACAAGCAGUGAUCAUGACAGGCCCUCUGAAGAGAGAAGGGAUGUUGGCUUCCACCGUGUCCCAGUCCAGUAUGGUCAUCACGCCCGCUGCCAUCACCGGGGCUCCUGGAGUCUCGGAGUUCCACAGCGGCAUCCUGAUGACAGACCUCGGCCAUGCCGCAAGCAGCCAGCCCGCCCCCGUGUCCCGGCUCUUCUCUCCAAGUGCAGGGCAAGACUCCCUGGUGAAGGGCGAGCAGGUCCCGAUGCACGGGAGCGGUCCCCAGGUCCCUGCUGCGGGCGCCAGUCGAGACGGCCCGAACUCAGGACAGGCCUCGCCGUGCACUUCAGAGCAGAGCCCCAGCCCUCAGUCUCCCCAGAACAGCAGCUCAGGGAAAUACACUGCAGACCCCAAACACGUGGCUUCUCUAAAGAACCGGCAGAUGAAGCACAUUUCAGCCGAGCAGAAGAGACGCUUCAACAUCAAGAUGAGCUUUGACACGCUGAACAGUUUGAUCUCUAAUAACUCCAAGCUGACCAGCCACGCUGUGACGCUGCAGAAGACCAUGGAGCACAUCACCAAGCUGCAGCAGGAGCGCAGCCAGAUGCAGGAGGAGGCGCGGCGGCUGCGGGAGGAGAUCGAGGAGCUCAACGCCACCAUCAUCUCCUGCCAGCAGCUGCUCCCUGCCACGGGAGUCCCUGUCACCCGGCGCCAGUUUGAUCACAUGACAGACAUGUUUGACGAAUACGUGAAGAGCCGGACCCUGCAGAAUUGGAAGUUCUGGAUUUUCAGCGUCAUCAUCAAGCCGCUGUUCGAGUCCUUCAAGGGGAUGGUGUCCACCAGCAGCCUGGAGGAGCUGCACCGGACCGUGCUGUCCUGGCUGGACCAGCACUGCUCCCUGCCCAUCCUCAGGCCAACGGUGCUGAACACCCUCCGGCAUCUGAGCACCACCACCUCCAUCCUGACGGACCCGUCCCAGCUGCCAGAGCAGGCCACAAAGGCUGUCACCAGAAUUGGCAAGAGAUCGGGGGAGUCUUAGCAGCGCCUGGCGGGUGUGUGGCUGCACAAGGUGCCAUGGAGACCCUUCCCUGCCGUGGAGAGGAAGCCGUGCCCCACGCCCCUCCCAACGCAGAGGCUCGGGGCCUCCUUCCGAGGCUGGCCCACUGGGCCGCUUCAACACCACACUCAGGUCUGAAGCAGGUUCGGGUCCUGCCAACAGCAAUAGCCCGUUUUCGGGAAGCCCUUGCUGUACACUUUCACUCAGCGACCUCAGUCACAACCUCCCCCGCCCUCAGGACAGCUUGGACAGGGGACCGCCGCAGUCCCAGUCCUGUCCUGCUGGUGCUCUGCCGGGCCCCCGGCGCCAGCGCGGGGAGUAGAUGGGGCGCGUCUGCUCCCAGAGAACUUCAGGGUCCCUUCCCGGUCCUCGUCUGUCGCAUCCGGGGCAGUUGUAGUGCUCUGGCCCACCGUGGGGCAGUUGGCAGGCAUGUUCCUUCCUUCCCCAGACUCUGACCUUGCAGGUAGACGUGGACAAUUGCCCAGCACGGUCAGCUGCCUGGGGACCCCCAGAACGCGUGCGUGCAGAAGUGGAGGGGGUGCAUACACGCGGGACGAGAGGGAAAGCGCAAACGAUGCAAUCCGCCGCUCCAGCCCGGAAACCCUCUUGGGUGGCGUCGUCACCUGCUAACCGUUUAGUUCCACUUGGCAUUGCGUCGCAGCAUCCACAGCGUCGCUGACUUGAGAAUCACGGCGAAGACGCAGCCCGGGGUCCUGCCGGGCGAGAGCUCGCAGCGUGGCCCUUCCUCCGUCGUCUCCACCUGCUGCCGGGCUCCGCCUCGGAUGAGCCCGCAGUGUCUGAGACACGCGGAGCCCGUAGGGGGUAGCACUCGAAAGGCCUGACUCCACGGUGCUGCCAUCAGCCUGGCCAUCUCGUCUGCAUCGUUCACCCGGGAGCCUCAGACCAUAACAGUUCUCGGACCAAAGAUGUCUCCACACCCAAAGUCUGUUCUGUCCUGUGUUUGGAGGAAGAGAUGGAAUGUCGACGGGCAGAACUCCGAGGUAGCCACCCUCAGCUGUCUCUAGGCCGCGCCCAGAUCAGACAGGAACUGCACUCGGAGUCGAUCCGAGGGGGGCUGUGCGGGGGGGCAGUGGGCUGCCCAGCGUGGGAAUCGCAGUGGGCAGGGUUCGGAGGGGUGCGCCGGCACCAGAAGAACGUGGGUGUGUCAUCCUGCUGUGAAGACCGGCGCGCCGGCCGGCUUUCCUCUCUCCUCCUUGCCAGUGGUGGGGACGGGCAGUGUUGGGCAGGCUGGGAGUGAGUGGGCUUCGAGGGGGCCUAGGGUCCACAUGGGGGGGACCACGGCUACCUCCUGAAGUUCCGAUCCAUUCGGAGGCUCCCCCCGGUUCCUGGAGGCCCGAGGAAUGUGCUCAGAGUGCGGCCAGCCCCACCUCAGCUUUGGGUGAUGGAGGACGAGUGGGGGUUCUGCCACCAUCUCUGCUGCCGGUCACUGACCAGUCGCCUGCUCCCUGGUCGGUGUCCAUCCCUGUCCGAGAGCAGCGUGGCGGCACCCCGCAGGCCCCACAGGAAACGUGUUUACAGGCCUUCCGGGUCCCUUCCCUGUGUAGCUGGUCCUUAGUUUCCAUCGGGACAUGGUAAGAGAGCCCACCUUUCCCCCUAGGGUAAAUGAGAAGUCCCCUUCAAAAGGGGACUACCACCGUGGCGCGAGCCCCACUAGGGUCAAAGGAAAACGGGGGAUGCGGACCGUUCCCCGCCAUGAGGGCUCGUGGAAAGUCAUGAGCUCGGCCCCUCCCAGAUCCUGUGCCUUCAUAGACCACGCCGGGCCACAGUGCUUGGCCCAGCCUGAACCUCUCCUAAGUCAGCAGCUUGCUCCCCACCCCUUCCUGAGAGUCUUUAAAAAAAAAUACUGUGGGAUAUAAAAUUGGCCUGUUGCUUCUUUGGCCUACCUCUCCAUCUCUCCCUUUUGCUGAGUUAAUGUUCACGAUUCUGUUUUAAAUAUUUAAGGCUGUUAGGUUGUAUGUGCCUUUGAAGGGUGUGCGCGUGUCUGUGUUUGUUAUCCCAGCAGACUGUUGACUAGAUGCAUGUUUUUGUUUUGAGAUAUUUACUUAAAUCCGUUUCUCUUGGUGCUUCAAUCGCCACGGCUGUCAGGCCACAAAGCUGCUCUUCUUACUGCAGACACAAUCGUUUCUCGUCCUGGAAGUGAUCUUGUUUUGGAAUCUUGCCUGAUGAAUCUGGUCAGACAUGAGGGCCUAGCCUCAACCUCCAUGCCGGGGUCCCCAGCCAGGAUGUGGGGGUACCGAGGCCACUCUGCCGGUGGCCUCAAGUGGACGCUGACCACGGGGGCUGCGGGUCCUUCACACUUGUUUUCACCCCAACUCCUGUCCUUACUCUCAUAAAACAAACUUAAAAAUGCUGACACUUUAGAGUAAGAUUGAUCUGAAAAGAAAAAAGCUCCUGUCUGGCACCUGAGUCUGCAGGUUUUUCUGUGAAAUCUUUCUGUGCCAUCAGCCCCCCCACCCUGCUGCCUGUGCUUUCACAAUGAGUGGGAGAUGCAGGGACGGUGCCACCGUGGGGCUUUCUGAAAGCCGAGAGGCCCGUCCCUCCUGUCUCAGGCAGGUCACACACGAGCUGUCGCCCCCUCGGAAGGUCCCUGACCCCAUGACGGACCGGCAGCUCUGUGGCAGUUGUUCACGGCACGGGGAAAGUCGCCAUGUCAGAAGUUAGUGUGGCUGAGGAGGGACGGGGCCAGGGGCACCGAGAUCCCCAGCGCAGCCGUGUUCCUAGAGCCUGUAGGAGGGGUGCUCAGUGGUCGCCCGUGUGUUCUUGGGUGCCCAACUUUCUCUACUUCCUGUCCUUGUGACCUGACCCCACUUCCCCUUUCUAGAGGUCAGGUCUGAAGGUUUUUCUGCUGUGGCUGAUAGGACUAUAAACAGAUUUUUAGAGGACGUGGGACCCCAGGGUGGUGCCGGGGUGCGGUAGUGAGUGACAUCAUUGCCUGAUCCCAGCAGACACGCCACCUGGAGGGGUCUGUCCCUCCCGCCUCCCUGCAUGCAGCCCUGGCCGGCUCCACCCCAGCUUCCUCUCAGGCUGCACCUCUGUCGCGGGCCUGGUUUCCCACCUGGGUGCGUCCCGGGCAGCAGGGCUGUUGUUUCCAGGGUUGCACGUUUUUACCGUCUAGCAGGACGAGCUCCCCAGAGCGGAGCUGGGGCCGUCCUGGGGUCUGCCUGCCCGUGGCCUCGCUCUGGUGGAGCGGCCGGGUGCUGCGGACCCCGCCUCAGUUCAGCUCCCUCAGCUCACGGGCUCCAGACGGGCAGGCUUGGGACAGCGCCCCCUCCCCCUCCCGCUCUCAGCGGUCCCUUCCCCUCCGGUGGUCACCUGGUCCCUCCAUGGUCUCUGUCCCGCUGCCAGAGGCCCCCUCACAAACCGGGAGUGUGUCAGGUCGCCCCUUCUCUCCGGUGGGAAGAGCUGCCUCUCCCUGGAGACGAGGGGAAACCCGCCCACCGUGGGUCGGCCUUGGUCUUGCAAAGCGUUUCCGUGGCGGGGCCUGGGUGGGGGGACUCAGCAGAGCCCGGACGCCAACACCGGAGACCCUGGGUCUCCAGCUCGCGCACGUUUGUGCUGUCCAGCGGCCGUCUCGACCUCGGUCUGCUCAGCGGGCUCCUGUGGUUGGAGGGACUCUGGGCAGAGACACGCCUUAGGACCCACAGUCAGCUUGCCCAGUGUCCUUUCCCUUCUGGAAAAUCAGCCUUUGAGAAAGAAAAGGGAAUCUUUAUGUUGAGUGUCAGCGUGACUUUUUGUGCGUGUGCACGUGUGCUUACACAAGCUUGUGUGUGUGUGUGUGUGAAUGGAAUUUUAUUUUUGUGAAAUUCCUUUCCAAUUAUGUAGCAGAAUUUACCUUCAUCUCCCAGUCAAACUUCUGGUUCCACAGCCAGCCCCGGGCGCUGCUCCCGUGGAGAGUUCUCCGGUUUCUGAGCAGAGACGAGCCGCUCUCAGGAGUCGGGGCUGUGAGGCUUGGGAGAAGCCGAACUUUCGUACAUUUCCAGAGUUUACAUCCUGCGGUUAAAGGGCAUGCAGGGCUGGGCCGGGGGCACGUGCUCCCGGCUGUGUGGCCGUGCUCCCGCAGGGGAGCUGGGCGUCGCCUGCCCCCGCGCCGCAGCUGCCUCUGUUCACACAGCCCGGGGACAGAAGCCGUGCCACUCGCUCGCUUUGUGACGCCACGCCUUCUCAGUUCAUUGUGCACGUGGCUCAUCUUUUCUGUCAUGAGCUUUGGGGGUCACGUCAGGGCCCCUUUAGGAGACAGUGUGCCUCGCGGUCUGCAAAGCGAAGCGGGGAAGACCCUCCGCAGUGGAGGGCAGCCGCCGGCCCGCACCCGGCCCCGGCCCUCGUGCCCCGCGGUCAGGCGCGUCCCCACCGCCGUGUUCAACACUACAGAGCAGUUCGAAAACUGUAUUUGCAUCCAAGACAAUAAAAAGCUGUAUUUUUUGGAAAA